ACUAGCAGCAAUGGCAGGACAUGAUGCACAUGGAUCACAACACCAAUUCACGGGAUUUCAGAAGUACUUCAAUUCCUACACCAUAACAGGGAGAAGAAAUUAUGUACUAGCCACAUAUGGAACCAUUGCAAUGAUCAUCUUGUACUUUAAACUGAGGCCUAAAAAACAAACUCCUGCUGUGACACAGAAAUAAUGCCGAUUGCUGUCAUGUUGAAACUGAACUUGCAAUACUGUUUUGCUGCAGCUAGUAGAAACUGAUGUUCCCGUCAAUAAAUCAUGAACAAUGA